UGACGUCGGCGCUCGCAUGCCGCGCCGCCUGCACUGUACUCCGAUAACUGUGGAAAGAAUUCGGACUAUAAAUUAAUGAGCGAAGGCGAGCCGAGUGGCGGCGAGCGCGGCCGAGCGCGGUCAUACGACGCCACUUCAAGAUCCCCCGUCCCGCGUCGCGAGCGGAAUUCGCACGAGCGCCGCGCCUCCGCGCCCGGCUCCGCGCUCCGCCGAGCGCCGUCAGCCGUCAGACGGUUCAGUGUACGUGCGACCGCUCGCGGCCGAGGACGACCGCCGCGCCACGCGCUAUACUCUGCUUAUUACGCAGUAGCGACCAUCGCCGACCGCGUGGACACUUCCGAACAACUUUUGAUGCGAGUUUAUGGAAACCCACAACUGUGCAAAGUGCUAAUCGAACCCUCAGUGAACUCUUGACAGUGCGAAAAAGUUAUAAAGUGCUCGAACUCGGAAGGACGCCUGAAUUUGCGCAGUGGCCAAAUAUUGGGACCGGUGACGAUCGUAGGCGACACGAAACGCGGUGUUACGGGCCACGUUACAAGGUUAUCGCGCCUCUAGCCCGCCAGUGAUGAAUUGGAAAAUCGGCGUAUAGCUCACGUGGUUCGCGCCCCGCCCCCGCCGCGCUCCGCGCUUAUAUUUAGCGAAAAUCACCUCUCGGGAACGGCCCGACGGCCGACGCUCUGCGUACGGCGCUGUUUAUGAACGUUACCGAGAUACCACAUGUUAUUGGCUUCGAAUAACAGAGCCGAUAACGAGAAGACAGAUAACCUCCCGGUGGAGCUCGGGUCCGACGACGUUCUGGAAAUAGAAAAAAAAAUCAGAAACGAGAGCGCACUGUGAUGCUAACGGCCAAAGUCGGCACGCACCGCUGAGCGUGCGGAUCGUCACAGCUACCGAAAAAUUCCACUGAGCCGCUGUGUAGAGAGGCGGAGAUGUCUCUGCAGGCGGGCGGGAGCUACACCAACCUGUGGUCGUCGCAGACGGCGUUGCAGGAGCUGGAGGGGGGCAUGGCAGAGCUAGAGCCGCUGGGGGAGCUGGCCGAGGUGGGCUUCGAGCCCCAGCCGCGCGCGCGCUCCAACACGUGGCCGCUGCCGCGUCCCGACAACUUCGUCGACCCCGAGGACGCCGGCUCCAAGAAGAACUCCAACACUAAUCUUUCCGGUGCCCCUCCCCUUCCCACAGCAGUGGGCAAGAAGAACUCGUCCCGACGCAAUGCCUGGGGCAACCUCUCUUACGCUGAUCUCAUCACCCAGGCCAUCACCUCGGCGCAGGACAACCGACUCACGUUGUCGCAGAUCUACGAGUGGAUGGUCCAGAACGUGCCAUAUUUUAAGGAUAAGGGCGAUAGCAAUUCCUCAGCUGGAUGGAAGAAUUCGAUCCGGCAUAACCUGUCGCUGCACAACCGGUUCAUGCGGGUGCAGAACGAGGGCACGGGCAAGUCGUCCUGGUGGAUGAUCAACCCGGACGCCAAGCCCGGCAAGUCUGUGCGGAGACGGGCGGCUUCUAUGGAGACGUCGAAAUUUGAGAAGAGAAGAGGGAGGGUCAAGAAGAAGGCGGAAGCGUUAAGAAAUGGCGCCACAGCCGACGCGACUCCCAGCCCCAGCAGCUCCGUCUCUGAAAGUCUCGACAUGUUCCCAGAAUCACCCAUGCACAGCAGCAAUUUCCAGCUGUCGCCAGCGAACGCGGAGACGUUCCGACAACGCGCGUCGUCCAACGCGUCGUCCGUCGGCCGCCUGUCGCCGAUUCCGUCGCUCAUCGCCCAGGAGCCGGACUGGGUGGAUUACGCGGCGAAUACCGACUACGGGACGGACUACGCGAACACGGAUUUCCAAGAGUACGCCCCGGCGGCCGAGCUGGCGGGCUCGCUGGCUGACUCGAUGAAGUUGCAGGGAGCCGAUCCAUUCCUAAACACGUACGUGCCAACGACGUCAUCAUCAUCGACCGGCUACCGCUACUCGUACUCGUGCCCGCAGCACCUGCACGGCGGCUGCGCGUGCGCAUCCAUGUUCAGCCACCCCGCGCACCCCGCGCACCCCACGCAUCCACACGCGCUGGACCACUUCGUCAGGCCACCGCCACCGGCUGACCCCGCUGAUAUUAUGCAUACAGAAAACAGCCAAACGCAGAUGGUAACGACGUCGGACGCGGCGUUGAUGAACGGUGGCAUGAUGGUGCAGACAGCCAUGCCCACCACCGUCAUGGGGCAGAUCAUGGGCGCGCUCAACACGGGCCUGGUCGAAGACCUCAACCUCAACAUCGAGUCGCUGGAGCACAGCUUUGACUGCGAUGUUAAUGAGGUGAUAAAACACGAGCUCAGCAUGGACGGCUCGUUGGACUUCAACUUCCCGCAGCAGCAGCAAGCGAUGGCCGCGGAGGCCGACAGCCAGUUCGCGGCGCCCGCGCCGCCCGUGCCCACCACGCUCUCCGGCGGCGGCGCGCCCCGCACGCCCUACUCCGCGACCCCCUCCUGGGUCCACUAAAAACCCCAAAAACGACUACACGGACAGUUACCUACUUAUUGACUACCAGAGGUUGUUAUCUGAGUUAAUUUUCCUAUUAAGUUCAGUUUUUGUUACUUCGGCAUUAAAGUCAAGAUUUUUUGUUCUAUUGUCAUGUUAACUAAUGUUAGAAUUUUAUUGUUUAGUGUAAUAAGUGGACCGUUACCGCUCGUUGUUGAAGUGUCAAUUGUAUUAGUGGUAGUAGGCUUUAGUGUUAAGCUAGGUGGAAGCUUGUGAUAUAGAUAGGGUAUUGUAAUCCGGGUAGUCGCUUGGACCAGGAGGGGACGCAGGUUCGAUCCUGUAUCGCGGACACCGACACCAAACAGAGGUAGUUGCAACGCUUUUAGGAUUGGAAUACUUCUGCAGCGGUCAAUUAAAGUGACGAGCUUUGUGUCAGCAUUUCCAAAUUCAAUGUUCAUCACAAAUGAACCGCGCAUCAGGAGACCUACUCUAGAGACUGAAACCAGUGUUCUUAAACAAAACCUGUUAGUGACAAAAACAAUCUGAAGGUGCGACAUAAUGUUAAAUUUCGAGUGAUAUUUUGGACGAAGUUAGUUAAGAAUUUUCGACCUCGCGUAGCGUGUAGUGGACAAUCAGACCAAUCCGAACGUGCACUGACAUGACAUAAAACCGAUAUUAGAACCGUCUCACUCGUCGACUAAAUCCUGUAUAUGAACGCGCUAAUGACGGCUAACUGAUACGAUUACAAUAUCAUUCUAAUAUCGGUUUGAUGUCAGUGCACAUUCGAAUUGACCUGUAUAUGCCGAGUUGAUUUCUCAUCGUUAUAGUAACGUCGCCUCACUGUCCCCUCCUAACACCUAAAUUAUGGUCUAUUGAUAUAUUCAAGUACCUCUGAAGAACGGGUAAGUGUGUCUGAAUUUAUUUCGGAUGUAGAAAAUGUCUUUUGCGACAAUGCCGUUUACCUAAGUACUUAUGUCGCGAUGUCUGUCCGUAACCAUAGCUGUAACUCAGUCUUAUAAAUAGGAUUAUUGGUUUAACAUUAUAUGCCUGUAAAUUUUGGUUGCAUGUCGAAUAAAAUAUUGCCUCAAAAUUAAGAUGCUGAUAUUUUUGCAUCUGUGAUGAUUUGUUUUGUGGGCCAAAAUUUGUAGAUGUAGGUAUAGAACCAAUAUUAAAGAUAUAUAUUACUGAUUGAUUCCAUAAUUAAAUCUGCAUGAUUCUUUGUAAUAAAUUCUCCUUUACAAUAUUGUACAACUAUUAAAUUCUAGUGUAAAGCGUACCAAUGUAUAUUGUGUAUACAUAAAUGUUUUCUGCAAGAAGUGGCACCAAUUAGAUUGUAAUUAUUUGUAAUACGCCAUAUUAUUUGUGUUAUUUAUUAUUUACUAAGAAGCUGUACCUCUGAGCCAUAACGUACCUACCAAAAAUAUUUACAAAUAUUGCUCAACAUACUUGACGCCAAAUAUAGACCGAAAUCUAUUAUUACGAUUACAAUAAAUAGUUUUUUCAGUGAGUUUCCGCAGGCAUUAUGGUUAUAAGUACUUCUAUUGCAUUUUUAUAUAGACAUGCACAAAUUUUAUUGGUACGGUGGUAUGAGAUAAUUAUUGCUCCGAUAAUUGUGCCUAUUGACAUGAAAUGUUAGGGAUUUAACAAAGUUUAAUAGCAUCGCGUUUAAGAAAUAAAACAAAUCAUAAAACAAAGUGCUCACAGAAACGUUGACGCACAAACCAAACCCGUUUUAGUCAGAUCUCUAGUCCCAGAUAUUAAUUUCGUCAUCUAAGUACAGGAUUUACUCAUUAUUUUAGCUAUAUCGAGUGUUAGCAUAUAAUCUCUACAAAAACAAAAAAGUUCAUUCUGCGAAUUACCUCAAUGGACUAUUUGUGAUAGAUGUAGCCAAUAAGUGUUCAAUUUAGUAUGUGUAUCAAGUAAGGUCAAUUCUUGUACUUUGGCGUCCAUUUUUAUGUAUAUUUUAAAACAAGUUCGUUUCACUUCGCCCAUUUAUCAAUUCGGUUAUGCAAGUUAUUUUAUUUUUACAUUAUAAUUACAUAUAUUCACUGCUUCUAUACUUAACUAUGUAUAUUUGCAGCUGAUAUUGGUGCUAUAUAUACCUUGUUCGUUUGUGUCUAAAACUUCGUUAUUUUCGGGUUGCUUUUAGAAAUAUAAUGUACAAAAAGAGCUCGCAUUUGAAUCACCGGGAGGUGAACAAUUCUAUAUUAUUUCUAUCUUGUAGUUAUGGAUUAGUUAUAUUAAUUGUGACUAAAAGUCAAUCAGUUACUAUGAGUGGUUUGCGGAUGUUCGACAUCGAUUUUAACGUAGGUGUUGGGAAUUAGUAAUCUGCCAAAUAUAAAAUACGUAAUCUUGAGCCAUUUAGAAAAAUCCUAAUGUGUAUAGAUGACGUACCUAAAUUUUAGGCAUUAAUUGAUAAUUCGCGUUUACACUAAUGCCGAGCGAAUACGAGUUUUGAAUACAAAAAAGUCGCUAACAUUUUGCUCGGCGGGAGUGUAAAGCAGCAUUAGACGAAUGAUGACUCUUUGGAGGUCUCUCAUGAUUUAGUUAAGGAUGUUAGUUAAUAUAUCUCCUGGUUGUUGAAGCAUAUAAUGUAUGAAUUACCGCAACGAGACGGGGUAUGUCAAUCCAGAUGGUCAAUUAUUUAAGACCGAAAUAAAAGUCUGUUCCGUUAAGGCAUAGCGUUAAUGUGAAAUUAUGAACUCCAUUUAGGUUAAACUGAUGUAUUUUUAGUCAGAGUUUAGUAUAAAAUAUAGUGUAUUUGCAUUAUUUUUAAAAUGGCUUGAGUGUAUUUUGGCCUAGUAUGCAUAAACUUUGACUAAAGACAUUGAUGUAAUGUUAGUAAGAUCAUUUUUGUUCAGAUAGUACCUAUCAACUGCGUGCAUGUUCUAAAUACAUACAAAUGGAAUUAUAGAACCGAAAUAUACUUACUAAAAAGGCAAAUUUACUAAACGUGGUGUUACAU